AACGAAGAUUUUGCUAUUCGUGCCAUUCAAUUUAUUCUCACUGUAACAUUGAUAAUUGGACUAAUGAUAAAAAGUUAUAUUCGUGUAUUGAUGAUAGCCACAUAUUCAUCGAUUAUCUAUCAGUUCUGUUUAUUUAUAUAUACGAUAUGUGCUACAGUAGUAAUAGCAAAACGUACACCAACAAAGCAAGAUCUAAUCGAUUAUGUAAAACAACAGAACGGUACUAGACAUCCCAAAGAAAACGUUAUUCGAUUUAUGGUUGAAACAGCUAGAUGUUGUGUGGUAGAUCAAAAUUCAAAUUUGAUUAUUACUUUAUAUCCACAUGAUCCAAUGGGAUGUUUUGAUUCUAAGGAUAAAAAUGAUACGAUGGUGAAAAAAACACAUAAAGAAAUAUUAACUAAUCGUCAGCGUAUAUGUUGGCCAAUAUUUCGAAUGAUUCAAAUAAGAACUUAUACGGCUAUCUGGUUAGAAUUUGUCGUGCGAAUUGUUAGUCUCAUAUUUGUCUACAUCUAUUAUAAACAACAUUCAUGUGCAUUUAAAAAACAAAAAUUAGAAGAAAUGGAUAAUGAUGUAAUACCUGCUAGCGUUACGCCACUACCAGAUGCUGUUAAUUCUUCUACACAAAAAGAUGGUGCUUAUUAG